CCAAUAAGGAAAAGCAAGAACGUUACAUAGAGAAGCUAAAGGCAUCUAACAAAUAUGAAGAAUACUUGAAGAAAAAAGCAGAAGCCAUGAAGAAGAGUUGUAAAAGGAAAAAGCAAAAAGAGAGUUCUAUGCAACAAUGCGUUAGAAGACAACUUAGAAAUGAAAAGAAGGAAGCUACCAGGAAACGAGUUGCAAAGCAUAGACAAUUAAAAAAAGAGCAAGCAACAACAUCUAGAAACCAUGGACCUUUCAAAAGUUCAAUGGCAUUUGCAAAAGCAACUAGCAGGGCUCGUAGGUUGAUGGAUGUAGCCCCUCCAAACACGCCUAAGCGGCGAUUAGCUGUUUCUCGCAGGCUGUAUGAAGCAGAAGCAAAAAUAGCUCAACCUUCAGGGUCAUCUGAGAGUAAAAAAACAACCCAGUCCUUCCAAACUAAGUGAAGAAACUGUGAGAGCUAUUCAAGAAUUCUACGAGAGAGAUGAUGUUAGCCGUCAGGCCCCUGGAAGAAAAGAUGUAAUCACUAUUUGGGAUGCAGACGGAAAGAAAAAAAUGCAAGCUAGACACGUCACUGCUUCGAUCAAAGAGACAUAUGCCCUCUUUUGUGAAGAAUAUUCUGAAUUUAAUGUUGGAAAAUCCAAGUUUGCUGAAUGUCGUCCAAAACACGUCCAGCUCAGCAGAAAAUUGCCACACAACGUUUGCAUGUGCAGACAUCAUGAAAAUGCUAUCAAUGCCUUCAAUGCAGUCCAUAAGGCUCUUCCAGAAUUUCCUGCAUACUCACAUGACCUGCUGGAAACUUUUCUGAGUAAGGAAGCAUCUAGAAAUUGCUGGCUAAAUAAAUGCCCAGAUUGCAAGGACACUGCGGGUUUCACAAAAGCCUACAGUUUCGAUGGAUUUUUGAACACCCCAUGCUCGUGGUUGUUAUGGGAAGCAGAUCAGGAUGGCAGAAUGAUGAAGAUACAGGAGGAUGGUACACUGGCAGAGCUGGUGGAGCACAUCUGCGAUAUCCUUCCUCAAUUUCUUCAACACUGUUAUGUAAAAAGAGAGCAGGCAGCUGCUUGCAAUAGCCAGAGGGAAUCAGUUGCUUCGGAAUACCACGACGUCAAGAAAGCCCUCUUACAAGUAGAUUUUUCGGAAAACUACACUUGCGUAUCACAGGAUGAGGUCCAGAGUGCCCAUUGGAACCAGCGUCAGGUCAGCUUGUUUACUGCAGCAUUGUGGCACUCCGGAUCUCUCCAUUCUCAUGUGGUUGCUUCAGACAACCUGACGCACUCCAAAGAUACAAUUGGUGCUUAUAUGGAUUUUCUUCUCGAUGGUCUGCCAAAAAAUGUUGUGUCCGUUUCUGUAUGGUCAGAUGGACCUGCGUCCCUAUUCAAAAAUCGCUUCAUUGGAUCUGCAAUUUCAGCACUUCAAAAUAAACACAGCAUCAAUAUUGACUGGAACUUCUUCUGUACAUCUCAUGGAAAAGGCCCUGUGGAUGGGAUUGGUGGAUCAGUGAAGCGCUUUGUUUGGAACCAAGUUCUUACACGUCAGUACCUUGUUACAAAUGCUGAAACUUUUGUUGCAGCAGCUAGUACAAUGGAGAAUGUAACUGUGAGAGAAAUCAAGUCAGAUGAGAUUGAGAAGCGAAACGGAGCACUCAAUCUAGAGGCUGCCUUCAAUAAAGCAGAAGCCAUUCCAUUUAUUACAAAGAUGCACUUGCUGAAGGUGGUAAAUGGCGUUGUGGUAGCCCAGGUUUUAACGAAAGACGAAGCACCUGAAAAUCCAGUUAAUCCAACCAGUGACGAAUCUAUUUGUAUAGGCGACUGGUACAUAGUGGAAUACGAAGGACAGCAAUUUCCAGGCGAGGUUAUUGACAUUCGAGAGGGGGAGUACCAAGUCUCUGUAAUGGAGCGUGCUGGGAAAAACUGGAAAUGGCCUUCAACAAAGGAUAAUAUUUUCUACAUGAAGAGCAAAAUGAUUUCUAAACUGGAAGCACCUGAAGUUGUUAAUAGUCGUGCCCAUUUUAAAUUUUCUGUUCAUAUUUGAACAUUUAAAAGCAAAAAAAUAAGGAGUUAUUUGCUUUACUUUUUGAUUAUUCAAUUUGCCAAUGUUUAAAUAGCAGGAAAAACUAAUGAGCGUUCACAAGUCUGCAUUUAUAAUAAAGUAUAGUGAGUGCACUAUACAAUACUGUUUACAAUCUUUACCAUUCAUGGUAACUUAAGU